CAAAAAAAAAAAAAAAAAAAAAAAAAAAAAAACACACAAAAAACAUACACGACAGAGUCCACACCCAGGUACAAAAAAAAAAAAAAAAAAAAAAAAAAAAAAAAAAAAAGUGCUAAAUGGUGCUUAUUAAGUACACACAUCAGGUGUUAAGUAGUCUAAUUCCAGCAGGAACAAAUGACCUGCGGAACCUCUCAGUCCUACAGCAGAGAGAGAGGAGUCUAUCACUGCGCCUGCUCCUCUGAGCUGCCAGGAUCCCAUGCAGAGGGUGACUGCUAUUACUGAGGAUACCCUCCAUUAAACACCUCAUCCUCUUCUCCACUAACUGACCCACAGAGUCCACUUUCCCGCCCAUAACUGACACACACUUCCUUACAAGCUUAUCCAGUCUGUUCCUGUCCCUAACAGUAAUGCUGCUUCCCCAGCAGGCAACACCAAAGAAGACAGCACUCGACACAACCGAAUGAUAGAAUGUGUGCAGAAACUCUUUACACACAUCAAAUGAUUUAAGCUUCCUGAGGAAGUAAAGCCUGCUCUGUCCUUUUUUAUAUGCUGCACUCGUCUGCACUGACCAGUCCAGUUUGUUGUCCAGGUGGACUCCGAGAUACUUAUAUGACUGAACAUUCUCAAUGAUCUGUCCAUCGAUGAUAACAGGCUGAUGGGAAUGUUUCAGUCUCUGGAAAUCCACGAUCAUCUCCUUGGUCUUCAGUGCAUUGAGGAGAAGACCUUUUCUUCUACUCCAGGCUGUAAAGGCAGCAACAAGAUCUCUGUACUCUCUUUCAUCCCCACCUCUUAUACAUGCCACCACAGCUGUGUCGUCUGAAUAUUUCUGAAUGUGGCAAAGUUCAGACAUAUGUUUAAAAUCAGCAGUGUAAAGAGUGAAGAGAAAUGGUGACAAUACUGUACCCUGAGGAGCCCCAAUGUUGGUUACCACCGUCUCAGACCUGCAACCACCCAAACUGACAUACUGCGGACGCUCUGUGAGAUAGCUGUAAAUCCAUGUGACUAACAUAGCAUCCACACCUAUCAUCUCCAGCUGUUCCCUCAGAAACUGCGGCCUGAUAGUGUUAAAGGCACUUGUAAAAUCAAAAAACAUGAUCCUUGUGUAUCCCCCUGUCCCGUCCAGAAACGAAAGUAUCUUGUGGGUCAUAUAUAUUACUGCAUCCUCCACACCCAUGUUCUCCUGAUAUGCAAACUGUAAGGGGUCCACAGCCUGCUGCACCUGAGGCUUGAGAACCCGCAGCAAAAGCCUCUCCAAUGUCUUCAUGAUCACUGAAGUCAGGGCCACUGGUCUGUGGUCCUUCACCCCUACCGGCCUCCCUACUUUAGGGACCGGCACGAGGCAUGAUGUUUUCCACUGGACAGGCACUUGUCCUGUGCGCAGACUCAGGUUGAAAAUUGAUUGUAGAGGCAUCGCCAGUCCUGAUGCACAUUCUCUUAGAAGCCGAGGCGAUACGCCAUCAGGACCCGCAGCUUUCCCUGGACGCAGCCUACGUAGUUCAGCAUAAACCUCAUCUAUGGAAAAGCUAUGUGGGGUCACAGCAGUACAUCUGGAACAGCUGCCGGGUGGAGCAGUGCAGGUGGUCACAGCAGAGGGGGUGGUACAACUGCCGGAUGGAGUAGAGCAAGUGGUCCCCACAGAGGAGGUGGUACAGCUGCCGGGUGGAGCAGAGCAGGUGGUCACAGCAGAGGAGGUGGUACAGCUGCCGGGUGGAGCAGAGCAGGUGGUCACAGCAGAGGAGGUGGUACAGCUGCCGGAUGGAGCAGAGCAGGUGGUCCCAGCAGAGGAGAUGGUACAGCUGCCGGGUGGAGCAGAGCAGGUGGUCCCAGCAGAGGAGAUGGUACAGCUGCCGGGUGGAGCAGAGCAGGUGGUCCCAGCAGAGGAGAUGGUACAGCUGCCGAGUGGAGCAGAGCAGGUGGUCCCAGCAGAGGAGGUGGUACAGCUGCUGGGUGGAGCAGAGCAGGUGGUCCCAGCAGAGGAGGUGGUACAGCUGCCGGGUGGAGCAGAGCAGGUGGUCACAGCAGAGGAGGUGGUACAGCUGCCGGGUGGAGCAGCGCAGGUGGUCACAGCAGAGCAGGUGGUCCCAGCAGAGGAGGUGGUACAGCUGCCGGGUGGAGCAGAGCAGGUGGUCCCAGCAGAGGAGGUGGUACAGCUGCUGGGUGGAGCAGAGCAGGUGGUCCCAGCAGAGGAGGUGGUACAGCUGCCGGGUGGAGCAGAGCAGGUGGUCACGGCAGAGGAGGUGGUACAGCUGCCGGGUGGAGCAGAGCAGGUGGUCACAGCAGAGGAGGUGGUACAGCUGCUGGAUGGAGCAGAGCAGGUGGUUCCAGCAGAGGAGGUGAGGGGCCCACUGGCUGAACUGAACCUACUAUAAAAGUGGUUAAAUUCAUUGGCCUUGUCCACAUCGCCCACUGUCUCGCUAACUUUACUUUUGUAGCCAGUAAUGGUCUUCAUACCCUUCCACACCUU